GCUGCUUGUCACUGCAGCAGCAGGUUUCAGGAAGCGGAAGCGGGAAUGUUGGAGAGUUUAUUAGAAAAGUUUGGCCAGUUUUGACACUUUGGGAUUUGAGGCGCAAACUGCGGAGAAACAUGACGGUGUAUGUUACCUGUUGCUGAUAUUGCUGUCGAGUAGUCAGUCUUUGACUGACCACAACCAAUCAGAUAUGGAGAGUGGAACUCUGGCAGUGGAGGCCACUGCUGGUCAAGAUCCCAGAAUGAGGCGUCAGGCCUGGGCGCAGACCAGAGAGUCCCUGUGGAAAGAAUCAAAUCCAGAACACCGCUUUGGCCCCCAGGAGCCCCAGCAGAGCCAAAGUAAUGGGAAGACACAGAGACAGGCAGAAGAACAAGGGCAAGUUCCUAACAGCAAGAUCGCCAGCUGGCUGGAUGAAUGCAGAUCUCCCCUCGGAGCCUCUCUAGAUGAUCAGAGUGCUUCUCCAAGCAGAGUACCUCUGAGGAACGGCUGCAGCUUUGAAGAUGACCUUUCACUGGGAGCUGAAGCCAACCAUCUUCAGUGCAAUAAUAAUAAAACCGAAUCCUGUUUUGGUCUUGCGGCGGAUCAGAAGAGGAGCCAGUAUAAAGAGAAAGGAAAGAGUAUGAACUCCACCGGAUCUGGGAAGAGCAGCACUGUGUCCAGUGUGUCAGAGCUGCUGGACCUGUACGAGGAGGAUCCUGAGGAAAUCCUGUUAAAUCUUGGUUUUGGUCAAGAAGAACCUGACCCGUCCUCAAAGAUUCCCUCUAGGUUCUUCAACAGCAGCUCCUCAGCGCGAGGCAUCGACAUCAAGGUCUACCUGGCAGCUCAGCUGCAGCGUAUGGAACUGGAGAACCCCAACUACGCCCUAACAAGUCGUUUCCGUCAGAUUGAAGUCUUGACAACAGUAGCAAACGAGUUGUUCCAGCUCUACAGUCAGGUUUCUGGACAGCCUAUCCAACGCAUCAGCACUAAGGAUCAAGAAGGAGAGGGAGGAGAAGGAGGAGGAGGAAAUGACACGCAGCCUGCCAAGAAGAAGAUAAAUACCGCCAAAAUCCUCAAGAGAAGUAUCAGCAAAUUCAACCUGCUCCAGUCGGCCGCGGAGUCACCUGAAGGGCAAAUGCCAAAGCAGCACACGCUAACCAACGGACACACAGCAUCAGACGCACACACCGGUACAGAACAGGACAAAUCCGGUACUAACUCUGACAGCCAGGCAGAGAUGGUUAGCCCGAAACACGUCCGCAAGAAAGAUAACUGUUCCCUGGCGACAGUUGCAGAGGAAGCUGGUGGUGACGGAGACACAGGUUGCCUAACAGAUAACAGACCUGAGCAGCGCAGCAGUGAACCAGAACGUCGGCCAGAGUCAGCUGACCUUCAGUCAACCACUCGGAGAACAGAAGGGGAGGGAACUCGGGUGGUUAAAGAAGGAGAGACCUUAACCUCCACCACAGAGAAGGCUCCUCCCACCCUGGUCCCACCCCAGUUGGGCAAGCUUCGCACAGAAAACGCAGACUCUUUCGACAUUGAGGAGAUUCAGAGCAACGAAGACGAGGCUCUGCCACAUCGGACAUCCAGAUCUGGAGACCUCUCCAGGACAGUCAGUCAACAAUCUGACAGCAGCGGCUUUGCAGAGGAGCCCUCUGCUGAUUUCAACUACAACUUCAAGGUGCAGAUGAGUAGUGACAGUUGUGACAGCGAGACCACGGUGACAUCGCAUCCUUCACAAGAGGUAACUACUCCCCUUGCAAUGGACCAGCCAGCAUUUGACCUGCCAGAUGGCAGAGAGGAAGAGGCGGGGUCAGGUAGUGCUUCAGAGUCUGAUGGGAGUAACAGCUCCAGGAAAGCCCACACGAAUAAAGAGAGUCCAGAGCAAAUUCCACAGUACACAGCUCACCAUCUCCCCAGGAUUAGGCCGACAGGAAGGCAGCAGGAUGAAACCUUGGAUGAGGAGGACGGCGAGAGAAGGGAUCAGACUGAGCCAGAGCUAGAGCCUGGUCAGACUAUGGUUACUGCAGAGCAAGAAACACAUCCAGAAUCAAAGGGCUCCCAGAAUGAUUCAGAAGAAGAACCACAGCACGCCAGGAACCCGACAGAGACUACAGCAGAGACAGAUUCGCCCACAGAGAGUGCGAGUGCCCAAGUAGAACCUGUGUCCUUGGAGGAUUCUGAAACUCUUUAUCCUGUGGCUCCACCCUCUCCAGUCCUUAGUGCUCUCCACAGAGCAAAACAGAUCACGCUGAACCGUACAGCUUCUCAGAGCAGUGAGGUGAUGAAAACUCCAAAAAUAGGACGAAGAAGACGUGACAUCAUCCCCAUACAGAGGUCCUCCUCCCUGCCCUCUUCGCUCCUCUCGCCCUCCAGGAUUGUAUCAUCUGUCAGGAUCCAGUUUGGGCAAGGCCUAGUGUCCUGCACCCAGCCCAAGUACUCCUUCAAAUAUACCCCAGAGGCUGAGGACAAGAAAGACAAAGAGGAGGAGGAGGAAGCGGAAGGAGAGGAGGAAGAACAAGCCAACUGUCUGUCUACGCUGAUCAUAAAUCCUGCCUCCUCAUCUGGCUUCAACAAAAAUCCACCAGCUACCUUCCCACCUAAGCCCAUAGCUCCUCCUGAUUGGCCCCAAGGAGUCAAUGCCCAUUCCUGGAGCACCCAGAGUGUUCCCGAUUUCACAUCCAAUCAGCCUGGCCAGUUGCAGCAGAACAUGAAUGCCAACCAAAACCAGCAAAGUCUGAAUCCAGGGGAGACUACAUUCCCUAAUUCUCACGCUUCAGCUCAAUACCCUGGACCCAGCCCAAAUCCUAGUCCCAGAUUUAACUCCAGCCCUUCAUAUCCCUUCACUUUGAACCCUUCUUUGCCUUACUCCUCCCCUCUUCAUCCAUACAGUAGUCUUCCUAACCUCUUCCAUCAGCACAACAGUUCACUGAACCGCCAUUCUAGUCUAACCAGUCUCCACCAGCCUACAACUUCCCCAGGACCCCCACAUGACAGCAUGUCCAACUUGCAUCAGCCCUCAGCAGCCAUAUCUCCCCACCGUCACUUGCAUCCUGGAUCCCCCAUAAUGCAUCACCAGGGCUAUAACCAUCCAUACAACCAGCCACCUUACCAGGUCACUCCUCAAGGCUCCCAAUUUGCCUCACCCUACCUUAGUUACCAAGGUUACAACCCAUACCUGCCCAUCCCCCACCACAUCAAUCCCCAUCUGACAAUGGCCCCAGAACACGCUCUGCACCCAGGUUUGCCUCCUUCUGUUCUUGGCUUCCAUCCAGGCCUGGGGUCGGCUCUUAGUCCAGGUCCCCACAUCCACCCAGGGCCCCCUUAUCCUGCUGCUUCAGGUCCAGGACCCGGCCAGAGCACCUCUAGCACAGAGAUGCAGCUAAGGAAAGUCCUGCAUGAUAUCCGGGGAACAGUCCAGAGUCUGAACCGAGCCGAUACUCCCGACUCGUUCAGUGACCCCAGAGCAGUUCUGCCCAGCCACCAGUCUUUGGCAGAGUUUCAGCAGAAGAGGCGGAGCCUGAACUUGUUCCGCAGUCAGAUGAUGGAUCUAGAGCUGGCAAUCAUCCGACAGCAGGCUCCGGUCUACAGUCACCUGAGCCCUGCUGACAGGCUGGAGUUGGAGCAGCUUCAAUCUCUGAGGUCAGCAGUCAGAGAGGAACUGCAGGAGCUCGAACAACAGCUGGAAGACAGACUGAUGGAGCUGACACACCGCACGCAGCACAGAGGUCUUCAUAGAGACUACAGUGUUGAAAGUCUCUCCACUGCCUCUGCGUUGAGAGCCAUGGAGCCGGUGUCAGAACUCCUCAGAGAGCAGCUCUUCCUCCAGUCAGAGCUCAGCUCCGACCACCACUCCUCCUGCACAAACCCCUCCCCCAGGUCAACCAGUCCGGUAAGAGGAGAUCAUGGAGGAGGAGGAGAUAGCAAACAGAGUCAAGGAGUGUAUAGAGCAUCAAUCAGUAUAACCCCUGCUCCCCCUCCUCGGCCCAACACACACACUGAGGAAAGAGAUGAGGAAGAGCGGGCCAGUGACGGAGCAGCAGGACGAGCUAGCAGAGGAGAAGCACCAGAGAUGGAGGAGGGAGCAGUGGGGGAAGUCAGAAUAGACAACCUGCAGCAACUCAUCAGAGAGAUUCGUGAGAGCGUGGCGCAAGAGGUGCGACGGGAGAUCUACAGCGAGCUAAUGGCUGCUGUUUCACCACGGCUCUCUGCCAGGCAACCCCCCCCGUAGUCACAAACAGCAGAACACUGCCCCUUUCAACUCCAGCCUUAGUAACCACAGCCUGAGAGACACCACUGUCUGUCUGUAUCACUGUAUAGCUGCGUAACACUGUGGAACACAAUGUGUGUCUGGUACACUGUACGUCUGUAACACUGAUGAUGAAAUAUCACUUGUAUGUGAAUAGCCCCGCGCUCACCUGGUUCCAUCUACGGCAGUGGGUUGACGCUUCUGGGCAAUGCCAGCCUGGACGAGGCUGUCACCCAGAGACAUCAGCGACGAUUGUCCUCUUUGUGUCACGUCCCUUCUUCCCUUUCUGUGAUCAAACACCAGGCGUACCUAACCGCUACCACUGCCACUAGUACUAGUUAUACUUCUUACACCUGCCAGUAUCACCACUACUAAUCCCAUUUCUGUCAGAUCACCCCUGAUACCAGUAAAAAAAAAAAAAAUGGAUGACACUAGCAUUCCACUCCACUCCACACCCACAGCACAACAACAACAAAAGGAUCUGCUGCCAGAUCCCAGAGUUCAUGCCCUCAUGGCUCAGAGCUGUUUUUGAUGUUAGGCAGAUGGUUUUAAUGGAGUGGCUGCUUGGUGUAUCUCCUCUCAUCUUACUUUCUUUUAUUUUUAAGCUCUGGAAUUUUGAUAUGUCUCUGGAAUUUGUGCUUCUAGUCCACGAUGAGCAUUAAUUUAAUUUAAUUUGUGCUGAUCACAGCAAAUAAAAAUGACAUUAAUAAAUCUGAAACAGGAGCAGCGCCUUGGUUACUCAGAAUUCUCCAUGGACUUCUAUUAGGAAUAAUUUAUCAGUUGUGAAAAUGAUGUAAAAACAGGUGAAAUACAGGAACUCUGGGCAUUAUGCAUUUGAGUAUUUUCACAUUUUCAGUUUCAAAGAGCCCCUGUUAUUUUCAUAAUAUAGACUCAUUUUCAGGAUUUAUAGUAGAUCUUUUUUUAACUUAAAGUAAAAAAAAAAAAGCAUUAUUUUUUUAUGCAUUAUAUUUUAUAUAUGAUAUAGUAUUUAAUCAUUCUGCACAUGGAUUCACUGUCUGAAAUGUUCCCAGCUGCUCAUUUUAGCUGCAGACGAGCUGUCAGAGAGGCGUUAGGCCAGUGUGUUACAUAGUGACAUAGAUGUGUAACAGAACAACAGCCUGGGCUACAGAUGUGUGAAAUUUGGCCUUUGUAACUUUCCAAACUUUUUACACUCUCACUAAAGCUAUAUUACAGACCUACAGGAAAGGUGGGGAGAAACAAGAAUAAUAGGGGCACUUUUAGCAUUUCAGUCAUGGGCUGUUUAGCAAUAUGUAACAUAAUUCAAUAAUAAAUGGACCCAGUCCUGUGUGCAAACACUUUUGAAGAGCAGUUGCUGCCUUCACUAACUUUGACUCUGUUUCACUUUAUUUCCACAUCGUGGAGCUGCCUUCUGUUUUAUCUGCUGGGCGCUUUAAACGCCCUCAAAACAAAACCUUUUAAAUGCUUCUUAAUGCUGUGAACGCCACAGAUGAAACUCUUUGGUCCUGCACAGUGUGGGGCUGGAGGCUGAAAGUAGAUAUUUGUCUUAAAAAAACUUUUUUUUUUUUCUUUUAUUAAUUGAAUUUGGCAGAAUUGAGCCUUAAAAACAAGACGAGUACCUUAAUCAUCCAUUAAGCUAUGCACUGUUAGAAAUAGUAAGGCCUUGCAUUCCCUAAUCUUUAAUAAGAGUGCUGCUGGGCAAACUGAGCUUUUUCUCCUUAAAAUUACUCAUUCUGUGCACAUUUCACCUUGACUGCUUAAAGAGGGGUUUAAAGUAGACAUUUAAGGGUUUAUGAUGCAUCAUCAGCACAUCCAUCAUCAUCAUCAUCCUGCUUCUCUUCUUUCUGUCAGUUUGUGUGUUGCCUCCUGCUCGUCAGAUUGUCAAUCAGUGGAACAGCUUAUUUCAAAUCAGAAUAUAUUUUUAUAUUAUAGUUUGAAGUCAGACUACACUGGGCUUAAAAGCUCAAAGGUGUUACCAAUGGAUAACCUGUGGUCACCAAAACUAUCAGUGCAAUAACAGGUGCAAGACCUGUUAGCGUGUCUAUAAACAUGCUGUCGUGGCCUUUAGACAUUUUUAAAAAAAAUAUUAUCUGCCCAGUCUUCCAGUCUGUGUGCUAAGCUAAGCUGAAGCAUCCUGAAAAAUUGGGAAAGUCUUUGCUUCACUUGUGUUUUAUGUUGGUUGUGCUGGAGCAGGUGAUGAGGUCAGCAUGCAGGGUCGUGAGGUGCUGAGGUUUAGACGACAGAUUUCUGUAAGUUGUCAUGGGGACAGCGAUGAUGAUGAUAUGGAGGAAGAUGAUGUAACGACAAGUCAGAGGGAAGAGCUUAGCGAGCUUUCGCUGCAUCAGCAUGUUGGUUUCACUCGUUUGAUAAUGUGAACAUACUUUUUGAUCUUAUGGAGCUUAUUUCUCGGUGAACUGUCAAUAAACUCCUGAGAUUUCAGAUCCACUUUAGUGCUAACCGCAUGUCUUAAAACAGGUAAAUCUGAAACUUGCUCCUUUUAUUCUGAGAAAUUUGAAUCUCUGGUUGAUCACAGAAGCAUUAAUUACCUGUUGGGCUUUAGUGCUAGAAAAGAGAGGUUCACUAUGUUCUCAGCUUUCUGCACGCACCAUUAAUUAUUGAUGAAUACAAAUGUAAAUGUGGUAGCUGUAAAUGUGUUUAAGGCAGACACGUCCUACACAUUCGUUUUUUGUUCUU